GAUUUCCAUCGAUUGUUCUCCGAGCAACUUCUAACUUCUGGUCGUGCAAUGAGUGAUUUCUUCGAUAUUCUUAAACCGCUAUACGAUUUUCAUCGUAACUUACUGGAUGAACUCGAACAAAAACUCGUUAACUGGGAAAAUGCAGCGUACAGCUCCAGUAAUGAAAUGAAUGAAAGUACGCGUUCUGAUCAAGUACGUGUUGGUGACUUUCUGCUGUGUGCAGUCCAUAAUGCACUCAACCAUUACCGGUAA